UACUCACUCAGUCCUCCUCUCGCUGCCGCGUAGUACACACAUACGCCUUCGUCACAUCAGUGUUAUACAAAAAAGUUGAUUUUUUUAUAUAAAAACUCGUGCAGUGACUUAUUAUAUUGCUAUCAAUCUAUUGGAUAUUGUUUUAUAAUACAGCAUCCACAAGGGACGUUUUCAUUGCAAAAUAAAAAUUGUCUCACUAUGAGGUGUCAGUGACCGGGAGCAGCGGGCGUGAUCGUCCACAAUGACAUCUGAGCGAGCCAUCCCACACCUUCGCGACAUCUUCGGACUCAACCAGCAAUACGAAGCCAAACAGACAUUCGACGAACAUGACGACAAAACAAAGAAGUCCAGCCGUAAGAAAAAAGAUGAUUUUCGGACGUACACCAAUGGCGACGUGAAAACCCUUGAAAGACAUCUCAGUAUGAAGAAAACAAUAAGGAAAAAGAUUAUGCGCGACCUGCAACAGGCGUUCGUCGAAGACCCUAACGAAUUUAAGGUCGAAAACACAAGUCCGGAAAAACUAAAGGCUGAACUAAGCGCUGAAGCUGUGAAAAUAGAGAAGAACGUGAAGAAGAGUGACCCAACGUUCCUGGAUAUGUUAAGGGGGGAUACCAAGUCUGAGGAGACGCGGGAAGAACAGCCGACUGCGGAAAAGUCGAGCUUUUGGCGGCGUUUAACUAUGAAGAAUAAGAACAAGAGAUAAUCUGUGAGCCGAUACCGUUGUGACGUCACUCCGUCAACCCAGCGCGUAUUUGCUUUUUACCGAUAUAAAGUUUAUCUAUAAUGAUACAGAAUAUUAAAUUAAUAUCCCAAUUAAGGUCAUAUUUAGCGGUUUGCAUUCACAAGCACAAUAAAAGCAGUUCCAAUGUGUUUCGAAAUACAAGGUCUUAUGAGAAUAGCUGCAAACCUUUGAUCCCUGACUCGUUUUGCGUCAUAGUUACAAAAAAGGACAUAAAAACGUAAUAUUUUGAGGAAAUAUAUUCUCUUUGAAAAAUGUAUUAUUGAUAUUGGAUGACACGCAUGGUGGAUAAAUGAAAAGCUUUAUGGCUUCAUACAGUGCCAUGAACUUAUUUGACCCGGUAAAUCUUAAAAGUAUUUUAUACCGGAUCAAAUACGCUUAGGUGCAAAAAAGAUAUCGAGACAAGAGUUGUUUUAUUGUGCAAAAUUUCGAAAUUUCCUGCAUACUCUAGAAUAAUAUUUGUGCUUCAAGGUGGCUGACAAACUUCCUUCGAUCUCAGAGCUAUCAACAAAAUUUAAAAUUAGGUAUACGUGAGAUUGUUCCUAAAGUACAUGUAUGUGCAUUUAUACGAUUUGAUAUAUAAAAUAUUUUAGCAUUUUCUACAGAAUUCCAUUUUGAUUUUAACUCGCAUACUUUGAAAAGAGUGCUAACAUUUCUGGUGCUUUAUCUUAAAACACUGCCCAUUCAAAUCUGAUACAAAAUCCUAUCAGGAAACUCCAGUUUGUAAUUAAGGUUUUUAUGUACAUAUGUAAGUUUUUAUAUAUUAUAUUCAAUCUUUUUCUUUAUCUACCAACAGCUUAAAUAAUUCUAAGAUUCUUGAUAUCGUUUACUUAAUAUUAAAAUAUAGAAAUGUGUAGGUACUUAUGUAUAAAAUCUUAAAUCUGUAUAAAUGAGUUUUUUAUUAAGUCUGAUCUGUUGGACUCAUGGCCGUAUUCUAAUUCGUAAAUUUAAUUCUCUAAUUAAUUGUUAUAUCUAAAGAACGUUGUUGAAAUACACAAUACUUAAAUUUCUCGAAGCUCGGAGGACCGCUUAAAAAUUGUUUGUGUGUGUGUUUUACCCGCGUAUUAAUGUAUUAGCCAGGCCAGACUUAGUGUGGUAAAAGAAAACUUACGCAUGUCGGUUCUAUUGGUAGGAAAAAAAUUAAAAAACGGCUACGCGCUGGCUAUCUCACCGGGACUCAGAACUUUCUUUUACGGGAACUAUUUUAGAGCUUAAUUGACAUAUCACAAAUUAUUUUGAAAUAUAGUUCAACAGAUCGACACGUGCAUAAUAGGAGAUUCUUUUUGGUGGGAACUGGGAACGGAAUGACGAAAUAUCUUCGGCCAUUGUUACUUAGAAAAUGUCUCAUUCUAUAUGUGAUGUAACGUUAAGUGUACUAGUUAAUAAGUAUUUCGUAAGUGCCCCAAUAACACAAUGACGAUGUCCUAAACUUACCUACCUUUUUUUAAUAGACGCUCAGAACAAUAAAAGUUAUGUUACGCUAAUAGCUAUAACGCAGUUGUGAACAUACGUUAAAGAUAGAGUUUGGAUCUUUAAAGAACUCUAAGAGUGGCGCUAGUAUCUAUCAAUUUGGAUAUAUUUUCUGUCAAACUGUAGUUCCAUAAUAAUUUGAAAGACCCUUUUGAUGAGACUGACUUUAUCUUCUUCUGAACGACCUUGGUUUUGACAUAUGACGAACUUAUUUACGUAAUUAUUGAUGCAAAUUGUCAAAACGUCACUUACGUAAUCCUCCGCUUUAUACAUCUUGUUUUAAAACAUAAUUCCCUAAACACGAUAUUUCACGAUUCAAUACAGAGGUAAUAAGUUAAUAUACAACAUAAUUGAUAGAUUAGUUUCUAUGACUGUUACAGGAAGUGAUAGUUUUUUUAUAUUCGAACGUAUGCAUGAGGCCUAUCUAUCUGUCAGUUUUUGACAGAUCGAAAGCCUAGAUUUUCCAAAUAAUUUUGCUCCAGUUUUGUUUUAAAUACACGGUCUACCGUUUACUAUCAAUUACGUUAACUAUUCGAUGCUUCGAAUUAACGAAUUUUUCGUGCUAAGGACUCGUCGUUAUACAUAUAUAGUUUCCAAGUAAAUUAUUAGAUAGCGAUUGUACUGAAAUAAAUCUAGUAAGAAAUAUAACAAUGUGAAUCGGGCUUUAGUGUAAGGUAGGCGUGGAAAUUCCUUGUUGUGACAAUUUUAUUGUAAUGCAAUAUUAAAAUAAUUUUACAUAUUUAA